UUUGUCCCUCAGCCACUCCCAGGCUCAAGAUACAGAGCUGAAAUCUCAGUAAAGGGUUUGAAGGAACGGAACUUCUCUAACCUAUUGUUCCCACACGGAAAGAUUUUAAUUCACCGAAUUGAUUGGCGUUAAAGGGCAUAGCGAAAGGUAAGGCAAUAUCACUGUGGCCGCGCCUCUCUGACUGAGCGGAAGUCCCGGUUCCCAUUCCCUGCGCAGAGCAUACUGGGGGCCGGAAGGAGGUGGAAACUUCCUGCAGCCGGCUCCCGCGGCCGCAAGCUCGCGUGUGUUUAGACGGCGUGUUUCUGGGCCUCGCGGUUGGUUCUUCAGGGUCAGAGGCGGCCAGAAGUGUGGUGUGUGUGUAGAGUCUGAUUCGCCGUGCGAACCAUGGUGGGGAGAUCCCGGCGGCGCGGAGCAGCCAAGUGGGCAGCUGUGCGAGCCAACGCAGGUCGUACCCCCGCGGACGGAAAUGAGGAUGAUGUAGGGUCGCCACCCUCACCAGGGGACUCCAGCUACUACCAGGAUCAGGUAGAUGACUUUCACGAGGCACGAUCACGGGCCGCUUUGGAUAAGGGCUGGAACGAAGUAGAGAGUGGAGACGAGGAGGAUGGCGAUGAGGAAGAGGUGCUAGCCCUAGAUGUAGACGAUGAAGAUGGAGAGAGUGCGGGGGAUGAGGAGGAUGGUGCUAGUGAUGAUGAUGGUGAUGGUGGGAGCUCCGUGCAGAGUGAGGCCGAGGCUUCUGUUGAUCCCAGUUUGUCCUGGGGACAGAGGAAAAAACUUUACUAUGACACGGACUAUGGUUCCAAGGCCCGAGGCCGGCAGAGUCAACAAGAAGUGGAGGAGGAGGAAAGAGAAGAAGAGGCGGAGGCACAGGUCAUUCAGCGGCGCCUGGCCCAGGCCCUGCAUGAGGAUGAUUUUGGGGUCGAGUGGGUAGAAGCAUUUGCAAAACCUGUGUCUCAGGUAGAUGAGGCUGAGACACGGGUCGUUAAAGAUUUGGCUAAAAUUUCAGUGAAAGAGAAGCUGAAAAUGUUGCGAAAGGAAUCACCAGAGCUCUUGGAGCUGAUAGAAGACCUUAAAGUUAAGUUGACAGAAGUGAAGGAUGAGCUGGAGCCUUUGUUACAGUUGGUGGAGCAAGGGAUCAUUCCACCCGGAAGAGGAAGCCAGUACUUAACGACCAAGUACAACCUGUACUUGAAUUAUUGCUCCAACAUCAGUUUCUAUUUGAUCCUGAAAGCUAGGAGAGUCCCUGCACAUGGACAUCCUGUCAUAGAAAGACUGGUUACCUACCGAAAUCUGAUCAACAAACUGUCAAUUGUGGAUCAGAAACUAUCCUCAGAAAUUCGUAGUCUACUCACAUUUAAGGAUGGUGCUGUAAAGAAAGGACAGAAUCUAAAAGCAAAAUCCACCAAAGCCAAACCAAAGUCUGUUUCAAAGACUUCUGCUGCUGCUGCUGCUGCCUCUGCUGUAAGAGAUCUGAUUGAUGAUUCUGAUUUUGAUGAAGGGACUGAACUGCAAUAUAAAGAAAUAGAAGAUAGACAAAAGUUGAAGAGGAAGAAAGAAGAGAAUAGUGCUGAAGAACAAGUUCUUGAAGAUCAAAAUGCAAAGAGAGCCAUUACCUAUCAGAUUGCUAAAAAUAGGGGACUUACUCCUAGGAGAAAGAAGAUUGAUCGCAAUCCCAGAGUGAAACACAGGGAGAAGUUCAGAAGAGCCAAAAUUCGAAGACGAGGCCAGGUUCGAGAAGUUCGUAGAGAACAGCAACGUUACACUGGUGAAUUAUCUGGCAUUCGUGCUGGAGUUAAAAAGAGCAUUAAACUUAAAUGAAGUGUUUAUACAUAGUUUAAGGUAUUUGGCAAUAAUUUUAGGUCAAUAAAUUGUUAUUCUUAAC